GGUGUCGCGUCCCUCCACUAGGGGGACCCGCGGGCGAGGAGCCGGUGAUGUCAGCGUCAUUAGCAUAUCUCUGAGUAUAACUGAUGCCUGCGCAAAGACGCGCCACUACUGCUGCACCGCACUGACCAGAGACCUUCAUCCUCGCGACAGCACCAAGACUAUCUGCAACCAUGAGUGACAAGCCCAUCAUCACUGAGGUGACAUCCUUCGACAAGACCAAGCUGAAGAAGACGGAGACGCAGGAGAAGAAUCCCCUGCCCUCCAAAGAAACCAUCGAACAGGAGAAGGCGGCUGCGACGUCGUGAAGACCCCUCCCUCCAUGUCAUGCACUGUACACCCCCCUUCCUCCACCACCUCCUCCCGCAUUGCCUUGUUUUCAGUCACACCUUUUUAGCUGUAUAACUUUGUAACCGAAAUUAUGAAAACGACAAACCGAGCUGCGCCCCCGCCGCCGCCCAUGGACGGAUGAUGCCUUUGCCAGGGCAGUCAGCGGCCCCCUUGGGGGGGGGCACCACCUCCGCCGCCUUGAGGAAGAUUUGUCUGAGGAGGGGGAGAGGGGCGGCAGUAGACGGCGCCCAAAGGUGCAAUGUCUCUUCUUCUAUGCCACCUGAACCGAGAGAGACCCCCGGCGGCACGGGGCGCGGUCUGCGUCCCAGGAAACUCGUCAUCCUCUCCCCGAAAACCACCAACAUCCAACUUCCUGUGUGGCUGCUUUUGCACCAAAGCUGAGGUGUCGAGCUUUUUAAAAAGUUUUUCUUUUGGUUGUUUUUCGUCUUCUAAUUUUCGGAAAAUGCACAACUUUAUUUGUACGCUGGCCAAAAUGUAAAUGCCCCCAAAAUUGAAGCUGUUUUCUGUCACAGUGUUUGUUUCUUUUUGUAUGUACACAAGGUUUAAAAAAAAAAAACGUGUAACUGAUUCCAUCUAGAUCUGGGAGAUGCACAAAUGGACCUUAUAUACGGUUGAAUUGUAACAUGCUUUGGCCCUUUUUUUUCUCAGAGUUAUUCGGGAUAACUUAUCUGUCGUAACCUCUGCAAGAAAACCACCGGCGACUGAUUCCAUGCAUUUGCUUCGAGCCGUAGAUCAAAAUUUCUCUGGAGUUUUGAAAAGUCCCAGUCGUCAUGUUACUCUGCCACAAACCAUUGCCAGAAAAUGGAGAAACCGUGAAAUGUUGUAAUAAAAAGUUUGUUACUAAA